UCAUUACAUUUUGGACACGCCCACUUUUUUGUUCGUCCAAGUAUUACAACAUGCAAUGAUGAGAAGUCGAUCUUGUAUUGUGUCUUUGCAGAACUUCUAAGGUAUAUGAUGCCGAAUAGAUAAGAAAAAGAAUGCUUGAUCGGUUAACAAGUGGAAAAGGGAACACCAGUCUAUUUGCGAAAGCAAGUGGACAUAUUUUGAGGUCGUUUACAAAAACGCUUUUCGCCGGAAGUUGAUUAUCGUAGUUGACAAAAUAUGGCGGAAGACGAAGAAUCAUCGCCGUCGAGUGAACCAUCCUCGCCAGUGAAAAAGGAAUCGCUUCUGCAACGAAUGCUCAACUCUAUUGUCGAAGAGAGGAACAGAACUCAUCCUACAAUUGGGGACGAUGAUUCAGGCUUUGAACUAGUCAAUGUGAGCAACUUCUGGACCAAGCUGUUCUCGCAGUACUUCCUCGAUGGCAGCACAUCACCAGAUGAAAGUCGAGAUGACAUGCUGUUUUAUGUGAGGAGGAAUAAACUUGGUGCCAAAGGGAAACCUGCUUCUUUACAAGCAGAAAUAGAAGUCUACCGUCGUGACUCAAAGAAACUUCCAUCUCUUGAUGAUAAAACAGUUGACUGGGAGGAGACAGUCUAUCUCAACAUUAUCUUACAUCAGUUUGUGUACAGAGUCACAUGUGCUGUGUGUACCAGGACUGAUGAGAAAAAUCUGCAGAUACUCAGGAAGUUCACGCAGCGAGUCUAUCCUUCACCGAGUCGUCGUAGAAUGGAUAGUAAGGGAACAGAAGAAGAAAUAACAUAUCCAAAUAUAUUCUUUACAGUCGAUAAUUUUGAAGAGGCCUUCCAAGACAUCAUUAUUCGGGACAGUGAGAACAUUGCUGUGGAGUUGCUGGCAACGGACAAGGACGGGUCCUUCCAGGGACUUAUAUUCCAGGGCUCUGUCAAGUAUGAAUCACUCAAGAGGGUGUACGAUGCACGGAUAAGUUUGACAUCAAAGAUGGUCCAGCGAAUGUCAUUAGGAUGGUUCAAAGGUCACAAGCGUGUGGAGUACAUGCGGAUGAGGGGUCCACAAGGCAAAGGUCACGCCGAGAUGGCAGUGAGUCGGGUCAAAGGGUCAGGUCCAGAAACACCCGAUAUGGAAAACUUUCCUGUAGAUGAUUUUGAUGAUCAGCAAAACCAGUAUGCACAGAGGAGGAUGAGUGACCCCAGCUCAGGAUUCAGCUCGCUGAUGCGCGGCGGGUUUCGACGAGCAGUGGGCAUGAAAAAGUCACAGUCAGAAACAGAAAACGUUGAAACUGUCGCUGACGACGGAUGCCAUGAAGUGGAGGCAGGUACACUACAAGAGGAAUUAAACACAAACUUGGAUCAGUACAAUGGCUUCUGGGGCAAGUCCUUUGGUCAGGCCUGGCACUGGUUCAAGGAACAGAAGCGAGCGAGCAGUGUCGCCCUCAACGCUUACCUAACAUACAUCACCCUACCAUGGCAUAGAAUCAUUGCAGACAUGAUUGAUGCCCGCCAUCAGCCAGCCCUAACACACUGAUGUCCCUUGUUGAACUCUUCAGUGAUGGAGGCUCCCUCUGGUGCUCGAAUCCAGCAUUUAGGCUUAUAGGGUUAUUUCCCUUAGGAUCUCUGGAUCUGAAGUGACACUCCCAUCCACAGCUAUUGAUGUAGGACCAGCAUAUCAAAUGUGUUUCCAUGAACGAUGUCUUCAGUUCAGUUGUCAUUUGUUUCAAAGCAGGUUUUUUUAUGAAUGUCAACAUGCAUGCUCUAGCUGUUGUUUACCUCAUUCUCAUAUGAUGAUUUGUUCAGUUAAAACCUUACCUGUGAUUACUUACAAAAUGGCAUUAUCAAAAUUGGUACCACAGUUUACCGAUUUUUGUUUUGCUGGGCUUGAAUUUGUUGUUAUGUUGAAGUGACAAGUUUCAGUAUGUUUGUAUUUCAUAGAACCUAUGAAACAAUGUCUGAACACCAAGAAGGAAAACCGAUUAAGUUUGAACAUAAAUUUGGUUUCUUAUUCCUUAUAAAACCCAAACAAAAGGAAACAUUGUAAACUUUUCUCUUUUUAUUUCAUAUUUAUCUGUUUCAAAAUUAGACAUCUGUCUGUUUCACAGCCAAUCAGGGAACUUUACAAUUUACAUCUGAAAAUCCAGCCUGUAACAUGGCAACAUUGAAAUAUAGAAAAUACAUUUCCUACAUAUUUAAACCAAAAAUGACUCAGGAAGAGAUUUUUUCGAUAUGAUCCAUAUUUAUUGAUGACAUUUGCAUUUUGCAAAAUUUAGUCUUGGAUUUAAACAUUUAGAUGUAAGAGUGAUAGAUAUUAGUUAUUCAAGGGCGAUGGGGUAGUCAAGUGGUUAAACUGUUCGCUCAUCACAUCGAAGACAAGGUUCUAUUCCCCACAUGGGUAGAAUGUGUGAAGCCCACUUCUGGUGUCCACACCGUGAUAUUGCUGGAGGAUUGUUAAAAGGGGCAUAAAACUAAAUUCACUCAGCUUGAUUUUGAAAUUCCCAGAUCAGAUUCUUCUACUGUACAAUCUGGAAACUCAUUUCUGGUGUCACCUGCUGGAAUAAUGCUAAAAGUGGUGUCAAAUCCACUCACUCACUCUUGGUGUGAUUGUUCAUUGCUUGUCUACUGGGAUAGAAGAGUUACUCCAGUCUCAAGGCUUAGAAGGAUCAGUAGGGUAGCCAAAUUGUUAAUGUGUUUGCUUGUCAUGCCUUGAGUCCAUGUUCGAUUUACCUCAUGGUUGCAAUGUUUAAUGCCUCUUUCUAGUGUCUCCUGCCAUGAUAUUGCUGGAUUAUUGCUGAAAGCAACAUAAAACUAACUUACUCACUCACCCUGAUGUCCCUGCCAUGAUAAUCCUGGACUAUUGCUGAAAGCAACAUAAAACCAACUCACUCACUCACCCUGAUGUCCCUGCCAUGAUAUUGCCGUUAUAUUGUUUAUAGCAGCAUAAAACCAACUCACUCACUCACUCAAGGUUUCUUGUGAAGACACCAAAGGUAACAGACGUAAAGCUUUAUUAUGACACAUCAGGGUGUGUCAUAGUUUCUGACAAAGACAUUCCAACAAGUAUCACUGAUAUUUGACCAGGUCAUGAACACACCCCACACUGCCAUUAGAGCAUCCAGCAAUGAAAUGUCUAUUUAUAGUCAUAUAGGGUUGUGAUUUAAAAUCAAAACCAUUCGUCAUGACAUUCAUCCAAAUGACCAAUUAUCAGAUUUUUACAGGUUUAUGUAUUGAUGUCAGAAGUACCAGGAAGAUCACACGCAGCAUUUGUAAAGAAGAUCUUGCUUACAUAAUUUUUUGGUUCAAAAAGAUAGAUUAUACGUCAUUGCUGGCAUGGAUGUUUAGUGGGGACUCAAAAGGAACAAUCAAUUGGCAUAUCACUUGUGUCAACUGGUUUGUGGAAUAUCAUCACUUCUUUAAAACUAAAACCAAACAAGACCGAUACAAUGAUAUAUUUUGGGCGAAUUAUCCACUCUCAUUGUAAAUACAAUGAUUGAAUUUAUCACCUACUUAUAAAAAAAACUACACCAAAACCAAAUGAAUGUUAUAAUAUUUUUCAAGGGCAUUGUGAAACUCUCAAUUUCUUUUCUCAUUUGAAUUGAUAUAAUGAAGAUGAAUAGUGAUGUGUGUUGAAAAUAGAAAGGGGAUAUUUUAGUUUGCUGUCAUAAUCUCAAUAAGAGAUGCUGAGUUUAUUUCAAUCAGGCUUUAAGUUAAUUAACUGUAUGUAUAUUUGUUUUAGAAACAAUUUACCCAUGGUAUUUAAUUGUGAAUAUAAUAAUUGAGGAAAUUCACAUGCAAAAGCUACAAGACUUAAAAGGCUCGAGGUCUGCCUCUGAAGACCCUGGUGUUGUUCGAGGCCAGGCAUUUUAUCAAGGAGAUAUGUGUAUGAUGGUGUUGUCUGUCUAUACUUAUACACAUGCAGUAUUGAUCUCUCAGCUUAAAGCCACUCUCAUUGUUUGGUCAAUGCCACAUUGUUGGUUCUCUCACCAAUCAGAUAAUCAACAACUAAUUUAUGUAAUUUAUCAUCAUAUAUUCAUCAUUCAAACAUGAUUUACUGGUUUUGUGUAGUUCAUUAAAAAUUAAGCUGUACAUACUUUGUCAAUCUGCAAAAUCAAGCUUGAGCCAGUUUAGAUGAUUUAUUUGUGGAAGUCCAAGGUGCUUUGGUUUCCAGGGAUCCCCUGCCAUGAUAUUGCUGGAAUAUUGCUAAAAGCGGCGUAAAACCAUACUGACUCCAGGGAUCCAAACCACUGUACUGUACAGAGUUGUGUUCUUUGCCUGUGUCAGGAUCAGAGGUUCCCAAUGUGCCGUGAUUAUGAUCCUUGGGCCAGUAGUCAGCAUCAUACCCAGGAUCAGAGGUUCCAAAUGUGCCGUGAUUAUGGUCCUUGGGCCAGUAGUCAGCAUCAUACCCAGGAUCAGAGGUUCCCAAUGUGCCGUGAUUAUGGUCCUUGGGCCAGUAGUCAGCAUCAUACCCAGGAUCAGAGGUUCCAAAUGUGCCGUGAUUAUGAUCCUUGGGCCAGCAGUCAACAUCAUACCCAGGAUCAGAGGUUCCCAAUGUGCCGUGAUUAUGAUCCUUGGGCCAGCAGUCAACAUCAUACCCAGGAUCAGAGGUUCCAAAUGUGCCGUGAUUAUGAUCCUUGGGCCAGUAGUCAACAUCAUACCCAGGAUCAGAGGUUCCAAAUGUGCCGUGAUUAUGAUCCUUGGGCCAGCAGUCAACAUCAUACCCAGGAUCAGAGGUUCCAAAUGUGCCGUGAUUAUGAUCCUUGGGCCAGCAGUCAACAUCAUACCCAGGAUCAGAGGUUCCAAAUGUGCCGUGAUUAUGAUCCUUGGGCCAGUAGUCAACACCAUACCCAGGAUCAGAGGUUCCAAAUGUGCCGUGAUUAUGAUCCUUGGGCCAGUAGUCAACACCAUAACCAGGGUCAUAGUUUCAGAAAGGGCUUUUAGCUAUCUCACCCCAAACACUGAUUAGAGCAUUAAACCUUGUAUUAAAUCAUUCAAUGUAUAUAUUUUGGACCCAAACACUAUUGUUUGAACCUUGACUGAUGAGGAUUGUAGUGACAGGGCCUGGAAAGGAACAUGGCCCUGGACUCUCACAGACUCCCAAAGAACUAUAAAUAUUUCUGUGUAGAGCUUUGGCAGAUGGCUCGCACAAGUUUUGGUCGAACAGGGGAGACAACUCACAUCAGGGAAGAUAAAACGAAAAUAAUACUGUUCCUAGAAUCAUUUUGACUGUUAAAAUUGGGUUAUCAAAAGCAGGUUGUAAGACUGGUACUUGAGUCAAAAUCUACCUGUCAACGCUCUGAGUGUAUCGAGUUCCACUCCAUCUUGCACUGCAGCUGCUUUGUGCAACAUGUCUGAGGUCUUGGCUUUGAAUCCCUUCCCAUUAGAAGUUAAAUGCCACAGAGUUCAGCCGCUUCUCUUCAUUAGCAAGUAUACUGAACAAAUCAAGUUAGGGAUCAUAAAUAGUUUUGUUAUAAUGUGAACAGUUUUAAAGAUGUUGAAUGAAAUUUUAUUUCACAUGGAAAAGUAUUCCAUGCUCCCUAACUAUAUUUCUUCAGUAUAUCUCAUCACAAUACCACAAUAUCUGAAUACUCUUUGUUUUGUUGUGAAAUAUGUUGUAUUGCUGUCCAAAGAUGUUAUUAAUUAACCCCUUCGGCUAUUGUUGAUUUCAUGAUUGUCAAGUUGUGUUCAUAAUUUCAAUAUAGCAUAUGUAUAUAUGAUUUGCCAUAUAUUUUCAUUUUUGCCAGUGUGAUAGCAUUCCAUAUGUUGAGAUUGCAUGACACAUGUGAAAGAUGUAUAUAUGUAUUACACAGUUGUACAUAGCACUCAGUUGUUUUGUUUAUUUGAAUUUUUUAAAUCUUGUUUUCGAGAAUUUAUGCGAACCGAAGUUUUCUAUGGUGCAAGCUACAAUGUGCUUUUUUGAGUGUACAUAUCGUGAAUAGUCUGAAGAUGCUGGAAUGGGAACCUAGUCACAGUGUGGAUGUAUGAAUGAACAUUUGUUUCAGUUUAAUAAAUUACAGUAACCAUGGUAACAGAUGUGAUCACUGAUCAUCUGUAGCAUUAGAGAUUUCUUGUGAGGUCCCACCUUAAGUCAGUUUAGCGAAACGAUACGAGAUUUUUAUUUCUCAUUCAAGUCACUCUUUAUAGGUAGAUUCCUGUGGCAUAACUCGUCACGGUUAUUAUUCAUUUUUUUAAUCACUUAACAUGAAUGUGGUAAAACAAUAGUCUGUUUUAAUUCACAUUCCCCAAACAAAAAUUUCAUUGAGUAACAUUUAUACAGCUUUGCGUUAUUGUAGAUCCACAGCAAGAGGUAUAUUAGGGUUCAAGGUAAAUAACGAUGUACAAUGUUACUUACAGCUUAUACAUAAACUACUCACCUGAAACUAGUAUUAUGUAUUAACAUAACUGAGCAUUGAGCAGCAGAUUGGCUCAAAAACUCAAGCAUGACUUGCAGAGUAAGCGUUUGGAUGAUGUUCAUAGAGAGCAAUGCAACAGUUAUGGACAAUGUAAAACUCCCAUGAAGUAGCUGUUUUAAAGGUUUUUACUCUCUGGUGCCAAUUGUCUGCCAAGGUCAAGAUUGAUACACAUUGGAAAAUUUCAGUUGGCAGACAUAGAGAGUAGUGGUGCAAUUAACAGAAUACAGUUUGUGUGGACUGCCAAUUAACUCAAAACUAGUCUUCCUUAAAAUUCCAUUGUGUUGAAAAUAUUUAUCAGAAUACCACAACCAGUAAAAACAAAACAAUAAAAUUAUAUAUGAAUCAUAGGAUCUCCUCUGAAAGCAGAGUUCAUUGUACAAUUCUGAAUAUACCGUAUGUAUGAAUUUCUGUCCACUAUCAAAUAGUGAUGAUACCGGUAAGCAAGUGUGUAUGUUCUACACUACAUUAAUAUAGAACCAAGUGGAGAAUAACGUUUUGUUAGCUUACUUGCAGUGAUUUACCGUUUUAGCGCCACCUGCAGAUAUCCAUGGUGAUUGGAGUAGCGUGUGGGAUAUACAUUAGUAUGCCUAGUUUGUCAUGACAGUCGUCUGCCUGACAAGAGUUACAGUGAUUUACCGUUUUAGCGCCAAGUGCAGUCCAAUAUCCAUGGUGACUGGAAUAGUGUCUGGGAUACAUUAGUAUGCCUAGUUUGUCAUGAAGGUCCUCUGUCUGAUGAGUUACAGUGAUUUACCGUUUUAGCGCCAAGUGCAGUCCAAUAUCCAUGGUGUCUGGGAUAUACGUUAGUAUGUAAUGAUGGUCCUCUGUCCUUUGUCUGACAAGAGUUACAGCAGACAGCCAUGUCCUUUCCGCUUUCAAGAUAGAUAUUUUACAAAAAUUAGGUGAGAUAAGGUAAAAUGAUAGAUAUGAUAAUUAUGAUAAUUAUGAUAAACAUACCCCUGACACCUACUUAAAGAACAUGAACACAAUAACACCAGAUGGUGGGAAGGAUGGAGUCAUGUCAGUAGUACAAAGAAUCAGGUAUUGGGGGGGGAGUCAAAUAUCUAUUGCUUUUGGACUGUUAGAAUAUCAUCCAGGGUGUCCUGCCCCACGUGCCACACGCACAAUUUGCGUUUCUUGCCAUUAGAAAACAUUCAGUUAGAUAAUAAAGUUUGGUGUCUGUUUCAGUAUGUGAUUUUGUAAACCAUUACAAAGGUAUUUCAUUGAGUAAUAAAUACAGGAUACGAUUUCUGGAAAAUGAUAUUUUUAUAAGCAGACAGUGGUGCUGAAAUUUAUAUUAGAAACAAAAAUAUUGUAUUACCUGAUAAUGGUUGUCUUUUGAACAUCGCAUAGAAAAUAAAUGAAAAUAAAAUAAAUGAAAAAGCAUUAAAAAUCUGUAUGAUAGCAGUUACUAAGAUCUUAGCAGAUCUAACCAAGGCAGUAAUAUAGGUGGAAUAUUGCUGAAACCAGAGUAAGACCUUACUCAGUCACUGAUCAGGGAAUGGCUGUGAUUGGCCAAUCUAUUUCCAUGACAACCAAUCACUGUCAUUUAGUCCAACAUGAUAUAUUCCUGAUAUGGAAUUACUGCUCUACAGGUAUGAUUACAAUACAGUCUAAGGAUAUGAUAAUCAAAAUAACAUAUUCAGUAUUGUUAAAUUAUCUUUUCAGCUUUGUUUGGGGUAUUUUUGGUACUUUUCGUGUUUUUGUUCUUUGAGGAUUUCUUUUAAAGCUGCAAGGUAUGGACACUGUGUGAAUGUGGUAGAUAGUGCUGAAUAUAGUAGAAUGAUAGUGCUUCAGUAGAUUGACAUUUCAUCGAGAAAUAUUCAUAUGAAUAUCACUUGCUUUACCAGCUUGAUUUUGUGGAGUAUUGUCCGUCCGUAUAUGGUCAAUUACUGCUUGUAACUUGAAUCAAGAUAUCACUUCUGUUUUCUUUAACAACAAAGAUCCACCUUAAGAUACACUAACAAGGUUGUCCGGAAUACACACUGGGAUAUUAAACAGAGUUACUCUGACACCUAAUUGACAUAAUAUAAUUACUUUGUAGGUUUUUAAUAUUUAAUAGAAACUCAACCCCUAGUUUUAAGCUCUAGGUUUUAAGAAAUUCCUUUUUCUAUUUUCUGGUGAAGAAUUAUUUCAAAUUAAAAGUAAUAGGGUUUUCUUUCAAACUUCUUUCCUUUCUGUUUUGAAGAUCUAAGGAGGGUUCUUGAUAUAAUUAUGAUAAAGGGUCUGAGUGCACCCAAAGGCAACAGUUAUUGUGACAGACAAACAACACACUGAAUCAGUGUUAAACUGUUACUGCCACAAAUGAAAUGUCUUUACUUCAGAAGACAAAUACGGUAAUGAACAGCCCUCUUGGCAUACAGAGAGGGUUCAAGGCAAGCUCACACAGUCAGUAGCCAGUGUGUCCACCUUAUGCAUUGAUGCAGGUUUGGCACCUUCACCUCACUGAGGCCACUAAAAGUCCUGGGAGAAGAUCCAUAUCAGAGGAAGGAGUUGGUGGUGUUCCAACAGCUUUGUUGGAGGAUUUGGAUGACAUCGGAAACAUUGCUCCAUUUCAUCCAUACUUGUUCAGUGGGUGACAAAUCAUGGGAUCCUGUGAGCCGGUGUAGGAAAUUUGACUUGUCUGUGAAGAGAACUCUUCUUCACACAAACUCCAGUCGCCCAUGUUCUGGUGUAAGAAUGGUGCUUCGUGUGGGCUUCUUGCUCAGAUGCUGUAAAUGCGUAGACACUGUCAAACUGUUCUCGCUGAUGCACUGCAUGGCAUGUCGAACUUCUUACAAAAUGAAUUGAGGUGUUUUUCCUACUUCUCAAGACUGUGUUGAGUGGAAAUGAUAAGCCUCUGGUUUUCUGACCUUUUCAAGUAAACAGUGCUUCCAAUUUUCAUGGAAAUUGAGCAAUUGCUUGAUUGCAUUUCUUUGACUGUUUUAACACGCUCUUUUUCUGGUUCAAAUAUAAAUAUUCAUUCGCAAGAAAAUAUUCUAUGUCACAAUAACUUUUGCCUGUGAGUAUAUGUUACUUAGAGUUAUCUGCCCUAUUCAUGGGCUAGAUUCAGAAGAAAGACCCGAUACCAAGGAGAGCAACUGAUGAAGCAGUACCUGAAAUGACUUAAUCCCUUCUCUUCUUUGUAGCAAGACCCAAGAUAGUAAAUUUUAAAUUGCAUUCUCCAUACCCGCUGUAGGAAAGAAUUUAGUGGCAUCUGAUAGAAGUUCUUUUUACCUUUUAAAUACUCAUUUAAUAAGUCAUGAUAAAAAUGAUAUAAUCACAUCUCAGGUAGAUAUUCUUGGAUAAUUAACUUUCCUACAAUAUAUUUCUAUCCUGUAAUAUAUUUCUUUCCUAUAUAUCACUAUUCACAUAUUCUCUGCACAGACUGAAUAUCCAAUAUCAUUUUUGUCAUUGUGUGACAACGAACAAUAACUGGAUUCACUCAAAAUACUUAAUUCAAAUCUCAUGAAAGAAAUUUUGGAAGUUACUUUUUGUUAUAAACUUAAUUUGAUCCCCACUAGGGGAUACAGAGAAAUAAAACCUUUAUUCUGUCUAGACUUUUCUUCUAAAUAUAAUUAUAUCAUGUUGACUUAUGAAUAAAUGACUAUGUACACAAUGAAUAAAUGUGUUCAAUGA